UUUCAGGUUCACCUCUGUGAAGAUGACAGGGAAAAUUAUCAUCAUAAUGAAGAAGACAGAACAGAAGAUACGUUUUUAAUUCGAGUGAAAUCAAACGACAAGGCCUGGAAUAUCAGACGGACAUUCAGUAAUUUUCGUAGCCUUGAUAAACAGUUACAUCGGUGUAUAUUUGAUCGGAAAUUCAGUCAGUUGGUAGAAUUACAGAGGCAAGAUGAAGAGAAGGAAAAUACGGAUCUGCGACGUUUGUUACGGAGAUACUUGGAAAGAUUUUCUUACUUGGCGGGGAGCAUGAUCAACUGUGGUUCCGUUUUAAAUUGGUUAGAGUUGGAUAACCGUGGCAACCGUUUAUUGGCAGUGGAUGAUUCUGGUAUCAAUACGCCUGCAAUAGCCGCAGCACACGCUAUCAAACGUUAUAACUCACAAGCAGUAGAUGAAAUAUCUUUGGAGGUAGGAGAUAUAGUUAGUGUUAUUGAUAUGCCACCACCUGAAGAUACAAUAUGGUGGAGAGGAAAACGAGGGUUUGAGGUGGGAUUUUUUCCAAGUGAAUGUGUGGAGAUAAUUGGAGAGAAAGUUCCAACUUCCAUGGACAAUCAGAUUCCAGAAUAUAUCUUAAUCAGAAGACAUGGUAAACUGAUGUCGUUUUUACGGACUUUCUUCUCCACCCGGCCAGCACGGAACCAGUUAAAACAGUCUGGUAUCGUCAAAGAACGAGUGUUUGGCUGCGAUCUUGGUGAACAUUUACUCAACUCAGGGCAUGAUGUACCGUUAGUAUUAAAAUGUUGUGCUGAAGUUAUUGAAGAACAUGGAAUUAAAAGCUCUAGGUAUUAUUUGCUGCAUAAUUUGCUAUAUAAUUUGCCAUAUUUGCAAACGUUUGAUGAAGACAGUGUACCAGAUCUAUGUGAUGAUUGUUAUUUACAAGAUAUACAUAGUAUCAGUUCACUACUCAAGAUGUACCUUCGUGAACUACCCAAUCCACUACUAACCUAUCAACUGUAUGAUAAAUUUGCUGAAGCUGUUCGUGAUGAAGAUAAUAGACUAUUACGUAUACACGAUGUAGUUCAACAGUUACCUCCCCCUCACUACAGGACUACAGAAUAUUUAAUGAAACAUCUGGCUAAAGUAGCCGCACAUGGUCAUGAUACAGGGAUGCAUUCUAAAAACCUGGCCAUAGUCUGGGCACCUAAUUUACUCAGGCACGCCCCCCACUUUAAAAUUACUUUUCAUGGUAAAUUUUUUUUGCUUGUUUUUGAAGUCGAGAAAAUCUUAAUUUUUGAUCAUUCUGGAAUUAUAAAAGUAAUAUUUUUGUCCAUCAUGUUUACAAUUACACGAAAUUUGUUCGUCACGUAUAAAAAGCCAAGACCAAAGUCAUUAGCAAUAUCAACACCUACUAGGUUACUAUCGUUAGAGGAGGCGAGAGAAAGAGCAUUUGUUGGUGGGUUGAUUCCAGUGUCACAGAAGUUUAUUGAUGUUGGGGGUGGUCCGGAAAAUUUACCAGCUAAAUACCAUACAGUUAUAGAUUUACCAGGACACAAGUAA